GGCCGAGCUGUUAUCAAUGAUGGGAGUGCAGAGUUUUACCUAAUGCAUCAUAGCGGUGUUCAUCUUCUUCUCCUCCGGCUGCAGCUGUUGUCUCCUGUGCUGAAUGAAUGAAGCGUUAACCAUCUGAGGUCCUCCUCCUCUUCCUCCUCCUCUUCCACCGCGUCUCUUCUCCAUCGAGCCUGCCGUCGAGCUGGGGGGGAAUUCGGGUAAAGGGAGCCGCGGGGGCGCGCACCGGCCCACAGACCCCCCGCCGCGACGAGGAGGCAACAUGCUCGGCCGGGUCAAGUGCGCGGUGGCCGGGUUCAUGGGUGGCAUCAUGGCCGGGGGCAGCUCCGGGGGAGGGUGCAACCCUGGCUCCGAGCUGCCGAUGAAAUUCCCCUAUAUGAGACCCGAGUUCCUGGGACUGUCCCCGGAUGAGGUCGAGUGCUCCGCGGACCACACAACUCGGCCCAUCGUCAUCCUGAGGGAAACAAGGAGAUUACCGUGGGCCACCGGAUACGCUGAGGUGAUUAACGCUGGUAAGAGUGCACUGAAUGAGGACCAGGCCUGCUGCGAGCUGGUCAUAGCGAGAAGGAGGCCGAUGAGCUACUGCCCCCCGUCCACGCCCAGCAAGACCCCCACAGCCAAGAGACGCAACUCCCUGCCCAACGGAGAGGGCUUGGGGCUCUGCUUGGACCACAGCAAGCUAGGAGAGGACAGUGAAGGCCUGGUGUUCCACUACUGGGCGUUGUUCGAUGGUCACGCGGGCUCGGGGGCAGCGGUGGUCGCCUCCCGCCUGAUGCAGCACCACAUCGCUUGCCAGCUCCAGGCCGUCAUCGAGAUCCUUCGUAACCUCUCUUCCCUGCCCCCGACUGUCCUGGGUGAGGAGCCCGACAUCAACCCCUACCUCCAGGGAAACCCCCCAGGCCCUCACCGGUCCCUGACUCGUGCCGCUUCACUGCGCGGGGCCUCAGGUGCUCCCGGUUCCCCCUGCAACACCCCUCCUCCACCACGCUUCUACACGGAGAAGAAGAUCCAGCAUGAGAGCCUGGUGAUAGGAGCCAUAGAGAACGCCUUCAAAGAGAUGGAUGCCCAGAUUGAGCGCGAGAAGCAGGUGUUCCACAUCACCGGAGGCUGCACGGCUCUCACUGUGGUUUACUUGCUGGGAAAACUAUACGUUGGGAAUGCAGGUGACAGCAGGGCGAUCAUUAUCAGAAGCAACGAGAUCAUCCCCAUGUCCACAGAGUUCACACCAGAGUCAGAACGACAGCGACUCCAGUUCCUGGGCUUCAUGCAGCCUCACCUGUUAGGAAACGAGUUCACACACCUGGAAUUCCCCCGGAGAGUCCAGAGGAAGGAGGUGGGCAAGAGGAUGCUCUACAGAGACUUCACCAUGAACGGAUGGGCAUACAAGACCAUAGAGGAGGAAGAUCUCAAGUUCCCACUGAUUUAUGGUGAGGGAAAAAGGGAAGAGUCUGCUCGAGUGCUGGCUACCAUCGGUGUGACCCGCGGGCUCGGGGACCAUGACCUCAAGGUUCAUGACUCCAACAUCUACAUCAAACCCUUCCUGUCCUGUUGUCCUGAGGUUAAGGUGUACGACCUGGCGCAGUGUGAACACGGGGCCGAUGAUGUUCUGGUGAUGGCAACCGACGGCCUCUGGGACGUCCUCUCCAACCAGGAAGUAGCCGAAUCCGUCACCACAUUCCUCGCCAACUGUGACCCCGAUGACCUCCACAGGUAUACAAUGGCAGCACAGGACCUGGUGAUGCGAGCGCGGGGGGUGCUGAGGGACCGAGGCUGGAGGAUCACCAACGAGCGCCUCGGCUCCGGAGACGACAUCUCGGCCUUCAUCAUCCCGCUGAUGUACGGCAACCAUCAGCCCUGAGGAGCCUCGCCGAGGGGCUCUUAAAGCAACAGGGUGAUUUGAACUGCCCUGUUCUGUUUCCUCAGUGCCGUUUGAACACUUAUUUUAUUCUUUAGACGAAGGGUAUCCUAAAAUGUGGAUAUUUGGGUGUGUUGGUGUUUCAUAUCUCUGUGGAAGUUCCGAAUUGGUCGGUCACACAAUUUGGCUGUUCAGGUUCGCUCAAAAGUCUAAAAUACAAGAACAUUUAGACACAUUCUAAUUGAUUUGAGUUGACAAAAGUAAUGCAGGAAACCUCGUGGCUGCCACUGACCUUCUGCAGAGAUGUGAAAGCCAAGAGGACGAACGCUCUUCCAAAGUGAAGAAAAUACCUCUUUUCUUUCUGGCCCCUCUUCUCCCUUCUCUUUUAGUCCUCUUCUGUACAGUCAACUUGUUUGUAAAGAAAAAGAAACCUCCUUGUCGCGACCAUGGUCAGCUGCGUUUCUGUUUCGCCACAGUGUGGCUGAGAAGGAUUCACACCUGAAGAGCUGCUUCCAGAUUGCUUUUCAGAGUCCCAUCACGGGGAGUGAUGGGAUUUUUGCAAAGCUGCAUCGCUGUUUCCAUCAGAGCAUUAGUAAGAGCUCACAGAGGCAGGAAAUCUUCGGUCACAUUGGAAGUUGGGGGGGGAACUGACAGUUCAUGAAAUAUCCAUGCAUCAACUCUUAAGAAAAUACUAAUUUGCUGAGUGUAAGAUGAGAUCAGUGAUACUGUACCACUCUGAAAGAAAGUGGUGUCAGUGAUCUCAUCUAACUCGGCAAGAAAGUGAAUAAGUUACUUUUCAGAAUGUCAACCCAUUCCAUAACUCCGUAAACAUUUUAUACACUUUACACUAGGGAUGGGCAAUAUGACCAUUUAUCACAUUGCUUAGUAGAAUACUCGAUUCUGAUUGGUCAUUUCAGAGGUUCCACUUCACGUCGGGCUUCAUGAUGUGAUAUUUAUAUUAUUAUCGCCCAGCCCUACUGUACACUGACACAUUUGGAAUUGAUGGAAAUCAAGGUUGUUUUGUGUGAAAGUGACAUUAGAUAAGGACUUGUACAUCAGUAUGAUUGCACUUUAGGCUGACCCACAUCAUUAACCCAGCAGCCGUGAAAUAUUCCCUGCAACAGGGAGGAUUUAAUUCAUUCAUAAUUGAUAUAAAAACAAUCAGAGUCAAUGGGAAAAGCAGUUUGACAGAGGAAAAAACAAAGUUAACUUUUGCUUUGACAUGUUUGCAUGUUUAUAAAGCUUUAGAUGAUUGAUACAGAUCCCAUUAGUCUUCAGAGGGGGGGGGGGGUGGGGGGUUGACGCAAGAUUGGAUGUAGGGAUUUACUGUGACAGUGCAUGCAGUGACAUAUUAUAGGCCUGGGAAUAUGAGCGACGGUUGCAAUGGUUUACACUGCUGUUUGUUUUUAUACCGACCUGAAUUUGUAUUUCUGUAAUGUUAGUGAUAAUGUUUAUAGUUUGUAAAUGUGCCAAAGACCAUGCUAUAUAUUAAAGGAUGUUGUUUCUUUCGAGUUUUUGACGUCCGAGACAUGUAGCAUAAGAGCUUAGGGUAUAAGUCAAUGGGAAGGAAGGGAAUUAAAGGAAACUAAAAUGCAAAUAGACAGACAGAAAACCUCUUGUUGAUUAGACUUGAGGAAAAGAGGACCAUGAAGAGUUCAGCUGUCUGGAAACAGUGCCACGUCCUCACUAAAAACUGAUGUGCAUGUGUAUUUUUUCCUUCCCUACAUUUAUAUUCUGCGUUCAUACGAGCUACACUCCUCUUCCAGCCUCUCUGGGUUGAGAUGUAGUUUAGGAGAAGUAGUCUGGGGGAAGAAGAAACUUCAGAGGAUCGAUAUAAAGUGGUCAUCAUUUCUGAAAAGUUUCAUUCCAGUCUGGGAACAAUCGACUGCAUAAUAUUAAAACAAACCGCAUGUUUUUAAGUCCUUGACAGACAAAAUCAUGAAUUUUAUGAUUUAUUUCCCCUCAAUAGAGGAUAUUUAGAGUUUUGGAGUAGCACUGGUUUACUUUAGUCUUGACAGUAAAGUGAGAAAAUGUCUCUUUUUUUCAUAAAACGGGGCAUACGAGCGAUUGACUGAAUCCAAAAACAUAAAAAGAAUGAGGAAUUUAAUAUUUGGGAUAUUGGGCCCUAUUUAAACAAUCGAAAGCACAAGUGCAUUAGAGCGUGUCAAACUCGUUGUGCUAGUUAAACAGCGCAUAAUCUCAGUGCAAAGUAUGAAGCUAAUUGGGUGUUUUUAGUUUCUUAUUCUAUCAAAAUGGUGUGUUUUGGCCUAAACAUGAAUAAGACCAAUCUCAUAUGCCCUUUAAAUAGAGGUGAAUAUUGUGCCAUUAACCUAAGACCAACUUGAUGUUCGUGCCAUCGCUUCAAAAUGGCAAUGCGUCUCUGACUGCACUUUAGGUGGCCAUUGGCAAACAGAUGGGCACAAGCACAUUUGCAACUUCGAUAACUGGCCCUGUGCGUGAAAAGACAACUGGGUUGGACUCACAGUAGCACUUAGCUAUAUGCUAAUUUGCUGUUAGAUAGGGCCCUUACACUUUCCUUGUUUUUUCCAAGAAUGUCUAAAAGAGAUCUCUACUUCAACAGGAUAU